AUGCACCAGACCAUCCGACUGAACCCUGAGAGCCCGAAAAUGUCUGCCUGCAGUGACUUUGUAGAGCACAUCUGGAAGCCCGGGUCCUGUAAGAACUGCUUUUGCCUGCGGAGUGACCACCAACUGGUGGCCAGCCGUCCCCAGCUCAGAGCGGGCAGCUUGCCUGCUCCACCCCGCCUGCCCCCGAGGCCUGAGAACUGCCGUCUAGAAGAUGAGGGAGUGAACGGCUUACCUUACUCCAAACCCACCAUCGCAGUGAAGCCCACCAUGAUGAGCUCUGAUGCCUCUGAUGUGUGGACAGAGGGCGGCAUGAGCGCCGAGGUCCCGCAGGUCAUCUGGAGACGAGCACCCAGCAAAAUCCCCCUCUCAAAACAUGACGAUGCUCCGAGAGCUUUCCUGAGCAGCUUCCGUGGUGCCCAGAAGCCUGGUGGUCCUUCUUCCCCUGUGGAUGGUAGCUCUCGGUGCCCCCCUGCAUUUGCCAUGGUCGGUUUGCACAAUCUAGACACCCGGGGGGAAAGGGACAUUGCUUUCCACCCGGUGAAUUUUCCCAAUGACAAGUGUGGAAGAGAGGGUAAACCCUCAUUUCCUUUCCAAGAGUUGACCUCUACUCAGGAGAGCUUCCGCCAGAAACUGGCCACCUUUGCAGAGAUGGCAUCGGGCUGUACCAAGGGCCCUGGGUCCUACUCCUCUCCCCAGCCCCUGCAGGAAUCAUUACCAUCAGAGGAUGACAGCGAUCAAAGGUGCUCGCCCUCGGGGGACAGUGAAGGUGGAGAGUACUGCUCCAUCCUGGACUGCUGCCCUGGGAGUCCUGCUGCCAAGGACGCCUCACAGGCUGAGGGCUCCAGACGCAGACCUCAUGGAGGGGACUGCUCACCAGGUUACUGGGACCAGGCGAUGUGUGCUGGACCCCCUGAGGAGAACAAGCAGGUGUUGGGUUUCCUGAGGGAGUGCUGUACCCAGGACUCGGCAGAGCAUCCAUCCCGUCUGGGACCCAAGAAGCCAUCCCUUACCUCAGAGGCUGCCAGCUCUUCAGAUGGCAUCUCAUGUGGGAGUGGCAGCAGUGGCACCAGCAGCCCCUUUGCGCCCCAUCUGGAGAGUGAUUACUGCUCCCUCAUAAAGGAACCUGUGCUGGAGAAGCAGCAGGAAACAGGCUGCCGCAUGGGGAACUCUGGCACAUGCCUUGGGCUGACUGGGGAGACCCAGCCUCCAGACACCUCUAGGGAGACUGAGAAACCUGAACCCAUCUAUGCUGAGAGCACCAAGAGGAAGAAGGCAGGACCAGUGCCUUCCAGACCACAGGCCAAGGCCGAACAGUCAGCACCUGCUCAGGGCCAGAUAUGGACUGCUAACACUUGGGCUCAGAACGCUGCAUGUGCCUGGGGCCAGGACAGGGAGGGGCCAGAUAUACCCACCCAGGUGGCAGCUACCAUCACUGUCAUGGCAGCCCACCCAGAAGAGGACCACCGGACAAUCUGCCUGAGCAGCCCCGACUCCGCGGUGGGGGUGCAGUGGCCCCGUGGACCUGUGAAUCAAGACACUGAGGCCGGGGAAGAGGAGACAUCAGCUAGGCAGGGGUUGAGCUCCAGGGAAAGCCAGCGUCAUGAUGUGGGUGAGAACACACCCAAGGGGAGACCUGCCAUCCCCCCUAAGUUGUCUAAGAGUAGCCCUGGAGGGUCCCCUGUGUCUUCAUCUGCCUCCCCACUGGCUGACCUCAGCGAGGGCACCUCUGGCAGUGUUGUUGGGACCCUACCUUCAUCCAGAGGCCCCCUUGACCCCACUGCUUCCUGCCGUCCAAAUGGUGUCACCGCAAACGACCCUGUCAGGUGCCCGCCCACCACCUCCAUGGUCACAGCUGCCUCCCUGGACCAGAGGCGACCCAGGUACCAGACAGGCGCCUGGAGUCGUCAGUGCCGGAUAGAGGAAGAGGAGGAGGUGGAACCGGAAUUACUGAGUCGAGGCUGGGGCAGAGAAAUGGAAAACGGCACCUCGGACUCCGCACAUUCCUCCACCUGGCACCGUCUCCACCCAACAGAUGGCUCCUCCAGGCAGAAUGGCAAAGCUGGCACUGGGAUGAGCAAAUCGGCCUCGUUUGCCUUUGAGUUCCCCAAAGACAGAAGCAGAAUUGAGACAUUUUCACCUCCGCCCCCGCCUCCAAAGUCAAGGCACCUUCUAAAAAUGAAUAAGAGCAGUUCUGAUUUGGAAAAAGUGAGCCAGGGCUCAGCAGAGAGCCUCAGUCCAUCCUUCAGGGGCGUCCACGUCAGCUUCACCACUGGCUCCACAGACAGCCUGGCCUCGGACUCUAGGACCUGCAGCGAUGGAGGAGCAUCGUGUGAGCCAACUCACUCGCCCCCUAACAGUGGGAAGAAGCUUUUUGUUCCUGUUCCAUUCCCUUCGGGCUCCACUGAGGAUGUGACUCCCAGUGGUGCCCUGCAGCCACCUCCGCUCCCCCAGAAAAAGACGGUGAGUCGAGCAGCUUCUUCCCCGGAUGGCUUCUUCUGGACUCAAGGCUCCCCCAAGCCAAGAGCAGCAAGUCCUAAGCUGAACCUCAGCCACUCUGAAACCAACGUCUGUGUCCAUGAAGAAUCUCACUUUAGCUACUCCUCGAGCCCUGCGAACCGCCACCAUCACGGCUUCUCUUCUGAGCCCUUAGAGAAAACUUUCAAAGGCAAUGGCUACUGGGCCCCUGCAGCAGGACUAGCUGGCAGCAAAAGUGGCUGUGGAAGCCCCAGCCUCCAGUGUAGAGGGGCCCCGUCUGCCUCCUCCUCCCAGCUAAGUGUGUCCAGCCAGGCCUCCACGGCCAGCUCCCAGCUGCACCUCCACAGCCUCCUGAGCAGCAUCAGCAGCAAGGAAGGUACCUAUGCCAAGAUGGGGGGCCUCUUCGCCCAGUCCCUGCUCCGCCUGGUAGCGAAGUGUGAGGACCUCUUCAUGGGUGGCCAGAAAAAGGAGCUUCACUUCAAUGAAAACAACUGGUCACUCUUCAAGCUGACCUGUAACAAGCCCUGCUGUGACUCCGGGGAUGCCAUUUAUUACUGUGCCACUUGCUCCGAGGACCCUGGCAGCACCUACGCUGUAAAAAUCUGCAAAACCCCUGAGCCCAAAGCAGCAUUGUACUGCAGCCCCUCUGUACCUGUGCACUUCAACAUCCAGCAGGACUGUGGCCACUUUGUUGCCUCAGUGCCCUCGAGCAUGCUCACAUCCCCUGACACUCCUAAGGACUCGCUGCCUGCCCUGCCCUCACACCUUCCUGCCCAGGAACAAGACUGUGUGGUGGUCAUCACCCGUGAGGUACCCUACCAGACAGCCGCUGACUUUGUGAGGAACUCAGCCACCAGCCACCGGACUGAGCCGGAGGUUUAUGAGCGCCGUGUGUGUUUCCUGCUCCUGCAGCUCUGUAAUGGGCUGGAGCACCUGAAGGAGCACGGAAUCAUCCACAGAGACCUGUGUCUGGAGAACCUCCUGCUGGUGCACUGCACACCCCAGGCCUCUCAGUCAGCCGCCCCCACUGCCCCUCCCUCCGCUGUUAUUCCUUCCAUUUGCUCCUCUACCACUCUCCCAGCCGGUGUCACCCCCAGUCUCCCAGCUGCCCCGACCUGCCGCGGAGUACCAGGGGAGAAACACUUGUCCCGGCUCAUCAUCAGCAACUUCCUGAAGGCCAAGCAGAAGCCAGGCGGCAGCACCAACCUACAGCAGAAGAAAAGCCAAGCCCGACUGGCGCCUGAGAUCGUGUCGGCUUCCCAGUACCGCAAGUUCGAUGAGUUCCAGACAGGCAUCCUCAUCUAUGAGCUGCUCCACCAGCCUAACCCCUUUGAAGUGCGUGCCCAGCUGCGGGAACAGGACUAUCGGCAGGAAGACCUGCCCCCACUGCCCACCCUGUCCCUUUACUCACCUGGUCUGCAGCAGCUUGCCCACCUGCUUCUGGAGGCCGACCCAAUCAAGCGCAUCCGCAUUGGUGAGGCCAAGCGGGUGCUGCAAUGCCUGCUGUGGGGGCCACGCAGAGAGCUGGUGGAGCAGCCGGCCUCCCCUGAGGAUGCGCUGUACAGCACGCUGCAGAACUGGAUCGACAUGAAGCGGGCUCUGAUGAUGAUGAAGUUUGCGGAGAGGGCUGUGGACCGCCGGCGUGGGGUGGAGUUGGAAGACUGGCUCUGCUGCCAGUACCUGGCGUCUGCAGAGCCCGGAGCCCUGCUCCAGACACUGAAGCUACUACAGCUUCUGUGA